AUGUCAUUUAGGAAAAGAGGAGAGGUAUUGGGAGGUGGUGCCACCCCACAGAGAGGACCUCAAGGUGCUACAUCUUUAAGACAGGGCAGUGUUCCAAUUAGAGGUGUCCCUGCUUCAACAUCAUCAUCGAUUCCAAGAAGAGGUCCAAUUUCAAAGCAAGCUGCUGCGACAACAACAACUCCGGAUACGUCCAUAUUAGACAAUCCUGCAUUCAGACCUUCAUUGAUUACCUCCCAACCAACUAUAUCAACUGGAAGUUCCGAUUUGGAUAAAAUUUUACUACAUCAGGGUUUACCAUUGGGGCAUUCAUUGCUUGUUGAAGAAUCAGGAACUACUGAUUUCGCUUCGGUGUUACUACGAGCAUUUGCCUCGCAGGGUGUCAUACACAACAGAAUUGCACCUAAUCAAUUGAACUCACAUGUUAUUGUCCUUGGAAUGAGUCCACUUUGGUCAAACGAUUUACCAGGUCUUUAUAAAGGCUCUUCCAAGGAACAAAAGAAGGCCAAGAUUGCUGAAAAUGAGGCAAAAGUCAGUGUGACAAACAUUGCUCAUGGGACCAACGCUGUGCGGAAUGAACUGAAGAUGAAGAUUGCGUGGAGGUAUGGUUUGAAUAAGAAAGAUGAUGAUAAGGAGAAUGAAGUACGUGGAGCUUAUGAAUAUUAUAAUAACCAAUUCGAUAUCACGCAAAAGUUGCAACCAGGUCCCAAUCCUCAAGAUAUCAGUUAUAUUCCUUUGUCAAACACUGUUGCUAGUAUAAUGAGCCAGCUUACGAGUAUUGUAAAGUUGCAGCUCAAGACCAACCCAUCAAAAGUGAUUAGACUUGUCAUCCCUGGGUUCUUAAAUCCAUCCAUAUAUGCACCUUCACACAUUACAUCCACUUUUGUUUUUCCAUUCGUGCACUCACUCCGGUCUUUGCUUCGCCAAUUUGAAAAUAAUUUGGUACUCAUUUGCUCACUACCUCUUGACUUGUACCCAAGGGAUUCAAGUUUGACAGCAAUUUUGGAAAUCUUGUUUGACUCAGCCAUUCAUCUUCAACCAUUUAAUCAAGAGAUGAGUCAAUUGAUUGAAAAAGCAUACAAAAAUGAGCCAUCAAAAAUACAACAAGGUUUGGUAAACAUCAUUAAGCUUCCUAUACUAUCAGAGAGAGGUUUGAUGAUGAUCCACGAUGGUGAGUUUGCUUUCAAAAAUGGAAGGAAAAAGUUUGAGAUUGAAGAAUGGGGUAUCCCUGUGGAAGACGAUUCAAAAGAAAAUGAAACACCAGAGGGAGGAAAGACUGUCAAGAACAUAGACUUUUGA